AUGGAGGAGCUGAUGAGCGUUGACUACGGAGAGGGGGCUAAGCUCCUCUGCUAUGCUGACGACCUUGCCCUAGUCCUGAACCACCGAACCUGUCUCCAUCAAGUUCCACACGCCCUCAACCAGCUCAACAGGAAGUGCACAGAACUAGGGCUCAAGAUCAACUUUGAGAAGACCAAGGUCAUGCCAGUUGGCAUGCCUUCCCCUGAACGGCCCUUCCAAAUAGCAAACCAGGACCUCGCUUACACUACCACCCACCAGUACCUGGGUGUCUGGCUGGACAGUCACCUUCGGUUCGGCACUCAGUUAGAGGUGGCACAAAAUGACGCUCUCCGGGUCAUCCUAGGAGCCCCGCCAUGGACUCGCCUGACCAACCUUCGCCUGGAAAGUGGCUUCCCAUCAUUCCACCACCGCAUCCUUGCCCGAACAUCCACUGUAGUUGGGAAGUUCAUGAAGCAGCAACCACACGGCACAGUCUCCACACAGCUGCUUCAUGCCUUCCAGAGACCACCACAAGCCACUCCAGACGGGGACUGGAUACAUGAUGCCGCCGACGCAGUCCGUCACUUGGAAGUGGAGAGGCUUGUCUGCAGUGGCUCAGACCUGCCACACCCUGACUACCACUCCCCUCCACCCUGGGUUCCUGGUCCAUUCCAGAUGAGCCUCCCUACCACCUCAGCUCCUAGGGCCUCUCACCCCAUCACCCUCCGCCAAGAGGCUUUGCAGCGCGUGGCUUCCAUGGACAACAGGACUGCCAGCCACUACUACACCGAUGGCUCGCUGGGCGCCGAUGGGUCUGUGGGGGCUGCCUUCGUGUGCGGAACCCAGACAGGACUGUGGCGCCUGCCACCGCAAGUCUCCAUCCUGCAGGCAGAACUGGCAGCCAUCCUCUGUGCCCUGCGUCACGCUACUGCCGAUAUGAACACCACCAUCAUCAUCCACUCCGACUCGCUGUCAGCCCUCAAGGUCCUGCAGGCAAUGAGCGUCAGAGACUACACUCGGCUCAUAACCACCAUCCUCCAUGAAGCCAACACCCUUGUCUCACUGGGCAAGAACAUCAUCCUGGACUGGGUGCCAAGCCACGUUGGUCUGAGAGGGAACAAGAAGGCUGACCGUGCUGCUGCCACGGCUCGGUCCCUUCCACAGAUCACUUUCCCCCUUGCCCCCAGCCUGUCCUACAUUAAGAACAAAGCAUCCCAGGCGGCCCUCUCACUCACCCGACUAGAACAUGAGGCCGUCCUGGCUCAGGGCUCUGCCUCUGCCUCGUGGAACAGCACGGCCACCCACCACAAGCCUCUCCACCCUGACGACGACACGGCUCCCCAGACAGCAGAAGAGCGAGUGAGCCUCACCCAAGACUCCACCCUGGCAGAGGUGCUGGCAAAAUUCCCACCUCCUCGAUAA